CUGGACCUGUGGUAGAUUGAAUUCAAAAUCUUGUUCCACUAAAACUUUAUGAGCAUUAUUAUGAGUUCUGACUGUAGUAGCAUUUCUUAACAUAAACAUAGGUGAGCUCGACUCCCCAUUACAAUUUGAAAAUUUCUUGGCAAAAGUUACACCUUUUGGCUACCAAAACUUUCUGAAUUCUGAGUCUUUAACACUAAACAGUAAUAAUAAGAUUAUAGAUCCCAUGAAUCCCAACCGGCAAUCCAAUUGAGCUUGAGCACCAACCAAGAGAUCGGCCUAAGUUGAAGUUGUUGCAUAUCAUAUCUGGGAUCAUAUUCAUAUAAAAUAUUAAGCAGAUAAGGAAAAUAGAUGAAGCCCAAUUGGGAGCUCAAGAAUUGCUGCAACCAUGAUCAAGUUGUGUUUCUCAUCACUGUCUCUGUCUGCGCUGUUGUCAUACUAGCGUUGUGGAGAACAUUUUUGCUGAAACCAUUCAAGCUUGUCACUGUAUUUCUUCAUGAAGCGAGUCAUGCUGUUGCGUGUAAACUUACUUGUGGCCACGUAGAAGGGAUCAAGGUUAAUGUAGAUGAAGGUGGAACCACACAGACACGUGGUGGAGUUUACUGGUUAAUCUUGCCUGCUGGAUAUCUUGGUUCAUCCUUCUGGGGAAUGGUCUUGAUACUUGCAUCCACAAAUCUUCUUACUGCAAGAAUAGCUGCCGGAUGUUUUCUUGCUGCACUACUUGUUGUACUUUUUGUAGCUAAAAAUUGGACUCUUCGAGGACUCUGUAUUGGGUUUAUACUUUUCCUUGGUGUAAUUUGGGCUCUGCAAGAAACAACAAAAGUUCGUAUACUGCGGUACAUCAUUCUGUUCAUUGGUGUUAUGAACAGCUUGUUUUCAGUUUAUGACAUAUAUGAUGAUCUAAUAUCCCGUAGAGUUCACUCUAGUGAUGCCGAAAAAUUUGCCGAAGUGUGUCCUUGCUGUAAUGGUGUUGGAUGGGGCGUUAUUUGGGGGUUGAUAUCUUUUAUGUUUCUUUGUGGAGCCAUGUACCUUGGUCUUGUGAUUUUGUCUUGAGGAUGAAAGUUUCUGGUUGAUACCGACGUCUUGUUCUUGCAUUACUCGUUGCUAAACAUGAUCUCAUUUUAUUAUUAUUGAGAAGAUGUUCUAAUCAAGCCAGCUUCUGCAGCUUCAUUCUUUCCACCCUUCUCCUGUGGGUUGGUAUAUCUGAAUGUUAACCUAUGGGAAAUGACAUGUCAAUCGACAUACUUUUGGUUGAUUCAUAGUUCAAUACCUUAGAAUUUAGCUUGGAACCAAAUGUAGUAUAUAGAAUUGUGUUUGUAAUUUUAUGCUGAUGUUUUGCUAUUUAACUACCAUGUAAUUGGUAUUUUCAUUUCAUUGUUCUCAA